AUCCAUUAUCUCUUUUUCUUUCAAGUAUAAACACCACAAUCUUUCUUUGUGAAAUAAAAAACUAGAAGGUAAAACAUUUAUUUUACUUUACCUUAAAAUUUUAAAUUUAUUUACUUGAAAUGUGAUGUAAACUUUAUUUCUUUUAAUAAAGAGAAAAGUAUUUACUUACGGCAGUAGAAAGGAGCACGCUUCAUAAUUCUUGUAAUUGGAAGAAGGGUAAGAGUUUCUUGUUAUGAAUUAAUGGUUACAUGAACACCAUAAGCAAACAAUAAACUUGAAGAAAAAAAUAGCCGAAAGGAGAAAGAAAUUGGAUUUUCCAUCACUACACAAUAACACGAGAAAAAAAAAAAAAAAAAAAAGUACUCCCAACUCCAAUUCCCCCUCACCCCCUACGCAAAUAUCUUGAAAGUACGAAAAAAAAAUAUACUUAAGUGAAAAGAAAGUACACAGAAUCGAUUGAUCAAAGAAGUAAAAAUUCUUUUAGGAGGAAGAAGGAACAGUGAGUAGACAUAUCGAUUUAUGAAGCACCAAAGAAACCAUAAGUUUCUUCUCUUCUUCUUCCUUCCGUUAUAAUUUUCACAGUGGUCCAAAGCAUGUUCUUGCCCGCCGUCCUAGCAGGACAAAGCCAAGUGGUGACAAAUCAAGAAAACGUACAAAUAUUUUUAUGUCUUUUUGUAUAUACACAAAACACACACACACACAAUAUUCGUUUUUCAGUCACUGGCAUUAUUAUUAAACUUCAAGAACCCUAUCUCUCUUUGUACUUCAUCUUUUUCAGUAUAUAAAUAGCAGUUAGAAGGGUCUUUGUUUUCUCAACAUACACACACACACAAACAUUCUUGUGUGUACCCCUUUGUCUCUAGUUACAAAGUCAAAAAAAAAUUCUCAUACUUUAGUCAGUCCCCUAAAAAAAAAAAUGUCUUCGUCAUCAUCACCACCAUCUUCUUUAGGAGAAGGACCUUCUUCUUCUAGGAGCCGUAGACGUGCCGGAAAUGAUGUUUGGCCAGAGCCAUUUGUGGAGGAUUUGGCUUUGGAAGUUGCCACUGAUGCUUCACGUUCCGUUGGCCGCUUGGCUGCUGCCCAAGCCCUAUCCGUUAUUUUUCAGGUUUGUUCAACAUGGCAAGCAGUGUCACAAUCGGAUCUGCUAUGGCAAAACCUGACCCGGCAGAUAUGGAACCGCCACGAGCUUCUCCGCCAAACAUGGAGGGAGGAGUACAUAUAUUGGCACCAAACAGCCAAUAACUUCCUUCACCAUAGAUACACAUAUAACACCCUCCAUUUUGUGCCUGAAAACAACGACGAUGACAAUAACAAUAACAACGAUAGUCUCUUCUGUCGUCGUUUAGCCUUGUCUGACCACCAUUUAGCUGCUGGUUUUUCCGAUGGCUCGGUUCAGUUGUUUUUUCUACCUACGAGGCUACAGUUGUCGACGUUCCACCCUCAUCACCAUGAUCGCCUAGGCCGAUUCUCUAGAGCUGUUUCUGGGAUUAUUUUGUCUGAUGUUCAACUUGUGUUUGCUUCUCUAGAUGGUGAUAUUCAUGUGGUGGUCAUUGGUGAUGCUGCACCACCUAGACGUGCUCACUUAGGUGACGUGGUGAAUGACGGUGCUUUGGUUGAUUUCACUGGCUGUGACCAGUGGUGGGUUGGCCUCUAUGCAGGUGUUCCUGGGAGUGCAUUUCACAUAUGGAAUAGGGAGACAGAAGAACUAGUCUUUUUUGGUGGUGAAUUAACAGAUCCAGAAGCUUUAAUGGGUUGGCACCUACUCACUGAAGUAACGGAUAUCGUCGGUCGAAUCAGAGUGACAACCCGAGAGACUGCCGUGGCGUGCACCAGCCUGCAGCUCAUGGUAAUUGACUUGCAAAACCAAGGCGUAAUAAUAACAGCACAACCGUCCCGAAGAGGGCUCAUCGUGGCAUCAUUUGAUGCCCGUAACGAGACACUGGUGGCUGUUGACAGCCGGGGUGUCGCCACCGUGCGUAGGGCGGAUGAUUUGGAGGAGAUAUGCAGGUUUAAUGUUAGAGGUGCCAAUCAAAGGGGAGUUGUUGGGUGCAUGAAUGGAGGGUAUGCAUUGAUGUGGAUUGGGAAUGUGAUUAGGGUAUGGAAUAUUGAAAAUGGAGCUUAUCUGUAUAGUCUUCGGGAGAGAACAGGAGAUAUUAAUGAUAUAAUUGCAGAUGAAAGGUAUGUUGCAGCUUGUUCCAGUGAUGCCACUAUCCAUUUGUGGGACUUUGGUGCACAAUAGUAGUAUGGAGCCUUUGACUCGGUGUAGCAGAAACAGUAGUUUUAACAGGACAAGCAGCUAUUUUUUUUAUGGUUAUUCUUGGUGGUAAUUUAAGGGGGAACUGGAAGGUCUUAAGGCUUUUAGGUACAGUAGAGCUAACAUGGAUGAACAGAAAAGGAACAGGAAACAAACAACAUUCUGAGGGAUAUAUUCUGUUGUACCAAGAAUCCACCAAUCAUAUGCUUUUUUAUGCCGUGCAAAGUAUCUUUCAUUUUCUUACCAAGUUUCACUGUGCUUCUGCCUUAGCUUUUCUCUCUACUAAUUAUGUCUAUGAGGUUGCAAUUUGACCUAAGUUUAUUCAAGAAUCUG